UGGGAAUCAAGGACGUUGACUGACGGACAUAGGUAGAUGCCAUGCGUCCUGCAGAGUUUCGAACUGGGACUUUGGCGCCUGAGUGGCGGCGCUUCUGCUUAGGUGGCGGUUAGCGCACGCUGGGUCAUUACAAUGGUACGACAGGCGUUCUUGAGAUUGCUCUUUUUAGGCAUGUUGGCAUGCGCGCUCGUAGAGAGGACCAUGGCGGGUAGACUGCUCAACAAGCUGCUCGGCGGAAGCUCGGACGUCGAGGAAGACGCCAAACUAAGUCCGGCUGGUCUGAUGCACAAGAACGGCUACCCGGUCCAAGUGCACCACGUGAUCACCGAGGACGACUACAUCCUCGAAGUGGACAGGAUGCCGUACGGCGUGGAAGGUGACACGCCUAACCAGAGGCCGCCCGUGCUGUUGGUUCACGGGAUCGUUUCCUCGGCUGCAGACUUCGUCAUCAACAAGCCUCACCAGAGCGCAGGCUUUCUUCUAGCGGACAGAGGAUUCGACGUAUGGCUUAUCAACAGCAGGGGGACGCCGUACUCCAACUACCACAAGACGCUCACCACGGAGGACUCGGAAUUUUGGGAAUGGAGCUUUGACGAGAUCGGUCGCUACGACUUGGCGGCAACGAUUGACUACGUUACCCACGUCACAGGAUUUAUGAACAUCAGCAUCGUUGCGUGGUCUCAAGGCUUCACGGAAAUGCUGGUGCUUCUUUCGACGAGACCCGAAUAUAACGCCAAGGUAAAUCUCGUGGCAGGCUACGCACCGGUGGGAAACAUCUCUCACAUCGAAACGCCGCUCACUCUUCUGGGUCCCGUCGCCGAGCUCAUUGCCUCGGUAUUCCACCACUUCACCAAGGGAGGCCUCCUGACGUCCACUCCCACGACCCAGUUCCUGAUCACUCAGUUCUGCAACAAUGUUUUCCGUGGGGCCUGUUUCCUACCAGUCAACGUUGCCGUGGGGGCAAGCCGAGAACAGUUGAACAAGACCCGGAUACCCGUGUACCUUGCCCACAUGCCAGCGGGAACGUCAAUACGUAACAUAAUUCAUUACACGCAGAUGUACAGAGCGCAGAAUUUUAUUAUGUACAACUACGGUUUCGAAGAAAAUUUGAUACGAUACAACCAGCCUGAACCCUACGAGUACCCUCUGGAACACAUCUUCGCACCCAUUGCUCUCUUCACCGGCGCCGCGGACCGCUUCGCCGAUCCGAAUGACGUGCAAAGCCUGAGGAGUCGAAUAGGCGACGCCAUCGUCUUUGACUACGAGAUUCCGCAGGACACGUUCAUGCACCUGGAUUUCGUCGUCGGCUACGACGCCACCGUGAUGCUCCACGAACCCAUGGUUGCGCUCGUUCAAGGCUUCAACGAGCCGCUUCCUUGGCCCCUGUACAAGCGACGGUGACGAGCGUACACCUUACGUUGAAA